GAAAAGUUUUCAAUGCCAACUCUUCGUCAGUCCUACCACAACGCUCUGACAUCUCUGUCGGCGAGGACGGGCACGCCGUUGCCGUCUCUCAUCCUUUCUUUCGCUGUUCUUCAUGAAUUAACUGCAAUCAUCCCUCUGGCUGGCAUUUUCUUCGCCUCGAGGCAGUUGGGCCUUGGUGAACGUGUCGUUGGCCGGUUCGUUCACAGCAACGCAGUUCGCCAUGAACCAUCUUGGUUGAAUGAUCAUCUAACACAGUGGGUUGGUGAAGGGGAGCGAUGGGCCGAGCGUGUUGGGCGCCGUUAUGGCGUUUUUGGCUUUUCUAAAGGUCAACCACCUGUUUCCGCAGCCGACGAUAUCCAACCCCGUCGAGUCUCCAGUGUCAUAGCUGGAGAUGUUGCCAAUGCGGUCCUCGCGUAUGCAAUGGUCAAGGUAUUACUCCCCGUUCGUAUUGGCCUCUCAUUAUACCUGUCCCCUUCGUUCUCGAGGCGUGUGCUCGAUCCUAUCCGCCUGAGGGCUGUCAAGUUCUUCAGGAAGAACUGAUCCUUGCCUCUCGCAAGACGGACCGUCAAAUCUGUGGAGUUGGAAUGCAGUGCAGUGGAACAUGUAUCCAGCUGUAAAUAUGCUUGUGUGCUUUUAUCAUUUGUCCCCACCCUUUUGCUUGGCAAUCAACGAUUUCACGGCCUGAAUAGCACUUUCUCUUGCAUGAAUGAGCCGCUUUGCUUUGGAAAGAUCCAGAG